GCCGCGGGGCACGCCGGGAGUUGUGGUGCGGGCAGGCCGCGCCCAUGGCGGACCGGGACGGUAGCGGGGCCGGCGGGGCCGGGGGCGGCCCGCGGGGUGGGGCUUCCUCUCCUCCCGCCCCCGCCGGGGAGCCCCCCGCCGGGGACCCCCCCACCGUUCCCGUAGCUCCAGCUGCCCGCCAGGAGGAGGCGGAGCAGGACGCCGAGCCUCCGGUCUCGGAGCCCGAGCCGGGCACUUCGGCCGACGCUGACAUGGAGCUGCUGCGGACGCUGCUGUCCCGGACCCUGGGGCUCGGCGGGGACCGAGCGGAGCCGGUGCUGGACGAGCUGAGCCUGGCGGGCGUGAGCCGCUUCCUGGGCAGCGGCCGCUGUAAGAACGUCAUCUGCAUGGUGGGCGCCGGCAUCUCCACCUCUGCCGGGAUCCCGGAUUUCCGCUCGCCCGGCACCGGGCUCUACUCCAACCUGCAGAGCUACAACCUCCCCUACCCCGAGGCCAUCUUCGAGAUCGGCUUCUUCAAGAAACAUCCAGAACCCUUUUUCGCCCUUGCCCGUGAGCUCUACCCGGGGCAGUUCAAGCCCACCGUGUGCCACUACUUCAUGCGGCUGCUGCAGGACAAGGGGCUCUUGCUGCGCUGCUACACCCAGAACAUCGACACUCUGGAGAGGGUGGCGGGGCUGGACCCCGAGCUGCUGGUGGAGGCUCACGGCACCUUCUUCACCUCCCACUGCCUGCGGGCCUCGUGCCGCCAGCGCUACAGCCUGGCCUGGAUGAGGGGUAGGGGGGGGCUCUGGGGACCCCCCGAGUGCUGGGGACCCCCGGGCCCCCUCCCCCAACCCCCUGCGGGGGUGUCCCCACCUGCUCUGCCACGCGGCGGGAACAACAGGGUGUUUCCCCUCCCUCAACAGGACUUUGAGAAGGUGGACCUGCUGCUCAUCAUGGGCACCUCGCUGCAGGUGCAGCCCUUUGCCUCCCUCAUCAGCAGGGUCCCCAGCAACACCCCCAGACUCCUCAUCAACAAGGAGAAGGCGGGGCAGAGUGACCCCCUGAUGUCCCUGAUGGGCUUUGGUGGGAUGGACUUCGACUCAGACAAGGCCUACAGGGAUGUGGCCUGGCUGGGGGACUGCGACAGCGGGUGCCUGGCUCUGGCUGAACUGCUGGGCUGGAAGGAGGAGCUGGAGGAGCUGGUGCGGAGGGAACACGCGGCCAUCGAUGCCAAGGCGGGGGACAAGGACGGGGGGGGCCCCCAAAAGCACCAGGGGGAUGAGGACAAGGACGGGGGGAGCCCCAAAAAGAGCCCAGGGGACAAGGAAAAAGAUCAAAGUGACCCCAAGAAGAGCGUGGGGGGCAAGGCCAAGGCUGAAAAGGACCCCAAAAAACCCCAGGGGGACAAGGACAAGACUCAAAACGACCCAGAAAAGUCACAGGGGGGCAGUGAGGACCCUCCCCAUGGCACAGGGGGGACAACCCAAAAUUAAAUGGUCACAGAGGA